CCAGAUGGUAACUUAGAUACCUGGUGCAUCACCGUGUAUUAAAAAAAAUAAGCAUUGGAAAUGUCAAAUAGAUGUAAUGAUGAGUUAGUAAUUUCUUACAAUUAAUUAUUGGUUAAAGUUGAUUUUUAUUCAAUAUGGAUUGGAUUCAUUGCAAUAACUGUUUUACUCAGUUAGAUCCGGGGACAACUAUGCACCUUACAUCGUGUGGUCAUAUGUUUUGCAAUGUUUGUUUGGAUAAAGGUGGCAACGAAAGUACAUGUUUAGUAUGUCGAAUGCCGUGUUCCGUAAUGAAACUUGUUCCAGACAUGAAACAAGAGAUCCAAGAUUACUUUACCGAUCCGGAGGAAUUAAUUAAAAAGUCCUGUGAGGUGUUACAGUUUCAAAGGCAACAUAGACGGCGCUUGCUAUCUUAUCUUUUACAAUCGACGAAAAAGUUUUAUACUGCGCGAAAUGAACUAAAACGAAUGACGGAGGUAUGCCAGAAACAGCAUACUCAACUAAAAGAAUAUCAAAGGAGAGUGAGAUGCUUAGAAGCGCAGUUGGCGAGUCAAUCAAAGCAAGUAUCGCCGUUCAGCAUCCCGAUAUCCCCGGGGACCAACAUAUCUCCGAGUUUCGUUCAGACCACACCUACUUACAAGCGUAACGCUAAGAGCACGCCGUUUUCAGUACAACACUAUCAGUCUAACCUCGUGACCCCGACGCGGAUAAGUAAGCAGCGAUCCGCUAACGUCAGUCUACAUAGUCAGCGAUCAAACACGUCCAACAAGAUCUCAUCGACUGUCUUCACACCACCAACUCCUGAGUCAGCUGGGUACUCCAACUUUUUAAAGAGUCUCUAAUGGUAUUCCUAAAUGUGUCAAAAACUCGCUUGAGCGCCAUUGCGAAUUAAAAAAAA